UUGUUUAUUUCAGGUCCACGUUGUUUCAGUUCGGUUAAUAGUUUACAAUAAAUAAACCCUAGAAGAAAAGAUAUGGGCCGUAAAUUCCAAAAGAAAAAGAAAGUUGAGCAGCUGGAGAUUGUACCAAAAGACGAAAAUCCUCCGCUACCCCCACAGAGAUUGUCUGAUGAAACUAUUCCGAGGAAGGGAAAAUGGGUAAACAAACAAAGGGUUUUGGUGUUUUCAGCGCGUGGAAUCAGCCACAGGGACAGGCAUCUCAUGCGCGACAUUAAGACCUUAAUGCCUCACCACCGAUCCGAAGCGAAAAUGGAGCGGUCGAAGACCCUAGCAGUGGUGAACGAAAUGUGUGAAAUGAAGCACUGCAACAAGGCCCUGCUUUUCGAGGGUCGCCGCAAACGCGAUUUGUACAUGUGGAUAUCUAAUACAGUAGGUUCUACUGGUCCAUCCGUAAAGUUUUUGGUUGAGAAUAUUCACACAAUGGCAGAACUUAAAUUAACCGGCAACUGUUUGAGAGGUUCGCGCCCGCUGCUUUCUUUCGAUUCCAAAUUUGAUGAGGUCCCACACCUGAAACUGCUCAAGGAACUGUUUGUGCAGACAUUUGCUGUGCCAAACCACCAUCCCAAGAGUCAGCCCUUUAUUGAUCAUGUGUACACUUUUACCUACUUGGAUAAUCGCAUAUGGUUCAGAAACUUCCAAAUUUUAUCAGAAGACGGUGGUCUCUCGGAAGUUGGUCCUCGUUUCGUAAUGAAUCCUGUGAAGAUAUUCGAUGGCUCUUUCACUGGCACCACAAUCUGGGAAAACCCUGACUAUGUUAGCCCGUCGAAGCAGCGUCAGAUGCUGAAGAAGGCAGGCAACGACAAAUAUGUAAGCCGCAUUGAACAAAAGGUGCGCCAAGAGGCUACGCGGCCGGUAAAGCCUUACGAGGGCAUUGAAAACGAUGAGCUGUUUGAAAAUCAAGAACCCCUAGAAACGGCCAAACUCAUAGCAGCACAAGCUAAAAAGAAAAAUGCCUCCGAACCUAAAAAAUCUUCUAAAGCGGCACUAACCAAGAAAAUCAAGGAUAAACAAAUGAAGGCCGUACAAAAUGUAAUUGAGCAGAAGAAAGCCAAGGCGAAGCGUGUGAAAAAAGAUAAAUAGUUUAUUUCGAGUUUCAUUUAUGAAUAAAUAUAUAUAUUAUAAAGUUAUAAAUAAUAAACAUUGUGCGCUUUUUGAAUAUUAAUAGCGAA